UUGGAGAAUUCACCUGCAGUCACACUGACAGUGUCCCUUUGUAAAUCCAAACAUAUGAAAUUUUAUUAAUUAUUUUCUUUUACUACUAUAUGGAGUAUUUUCCAGCAUCAAACAGUAGUAAAUUGUGUCUGUAAAGAAGAGGCUGCACAAGGGAGACUGCAGUAGUGAGAGAUUCCCCCUCUCUCUCUCUCUCCUCUCAUUCUCUCUCUCUCUUGGAGCCUCCUCUCCAUGCCCAGGAUCUCUAUUCUGCUUCAAUCACCAUUUCUGUUCCUUAAAUUAGUCCACAACUGACACAAUUAUUUUAUCUUUCAUUAUUAUUAUUAUUGAAUCAUCAGCAUUCAUCUCUAGAAGCAAACACACCUCUUCAUUUUUCAUUUACAGACAAAAAACAUUGCAGAAAAAUCACAUUGUGUUUUCACUGAUUCUUAAUUAAUUACUCUGCUUCUUCCAAUUCCAAAGAUGGUUGUUCCUCACACCUACAUUCUCUUGCUGCUUCUGUGCCUUAUCUUCUCUUCCUCUGUUGGAGCAACCACUUUCUUCAAUCUCACCCUCUCUCAUCAGCACCCCAACCCUGAUUUUGUGGCUCUACAAGUCAGAAGGAGAGUGAAUGAAUCCAUAUCGAAACGCCGCCAGAUUCUUGAAACCCCCUUAUUGAGCAAAGCACAGUCACAAUGCUUGACCGGAAACCCCAUAGACGACUGCUGGCGCUGCGACUCCAACUGGGGCAACAACCGGCAGCGCCUGGCUGACUGCGCCAUUGGCUUCGGCCAGGGCGCAAUGGGGGGAAAGGGGGGACGUUUCUAUGAAGUCACGGACUCCUCUGAUCAUGACACAGUGAGCCCAACCCCUGGCACCCUUCGCUACGCUGUCAUCCAGGACGAGCCCCUCUGGAUCACCUUCAAGUCCAACAUGGUGAUCAAGCUCAAGCAUGAGCUGAUUGUCAACAGCUACAAGACCAUAGAUGGCCGUGGCGCCAAUGUGCAGAUCACGGGGAACGGGUGCAUCACGUUGCAGUAUGUGAGCAAUGUCAUCAUCCACAAUGUGCAAGUGUACAACUGCAUGCCAUCUGGGAACACUGAUAUUAGGUCGAGCCCCACGCACGUUGGCCACAGGGGGAAGUCGGAUGGUGAUGGUAUAUCGAUCUUUGGGUCAAGGAACAUAUGGAUUGAUCAUUGCACGUUGUCUCAUUGUACCGAUGGAUUGGUGGAUAUCAUCAUGGGAUCUACGGCUAUUACUUUGUCAAAUAAUUAUUUUUCUGACCACAAUGAGGUUAUGCUGCUCGGGCAUGAUGAUAAGUACUUGCCCGACUCGGGAAUGCAGGUCACGAUAGCUUUGAACCGGUUUGGGGAGGGGCUCGUGCAGAGGAUGCCGAGGGUGAGGAGGGGAUAUGUCCAUGUGGUGAACAACGACUAUUUUGAGUGGAAAAUGUACGCGAUUGGAGGAAGUGCUGGCCCGACUGUGAAUAGUGAGGAUAAUCGCUUCACUGCACCGGUCGAUCCCAGUGCUAAGGAGGUGACAAGACGCGAGGAUACAAGCGAGGGGGAGUGGGCAGACUGGAACUGGAGGACGGACGGGGACUUGAUGGUGAAUGGUGCAUUCUUCGUGCCAUCCGGUGAAGGGGCUACAAUGCAGUAUGCCAAGGCCUCGAGCUUCAACCCUAAAUCGGCUAACCAAAUCGAGCAACUAACCAUGAAUGCUGGUGUUCUUGGUGGCACAAGGGACAACAGCGUUAGAUCAUAUGGUGGCGGGUCCACCACUACCGGGACAAGUGGCGACAGCGGCGGCGGCGGGUCUAGCGGAGGUGGCGGUGACUAUUUUGGGAUGAUAUUUGCGGCCGGCGCCGCCCCGAGAAAGGCAUCACCGCCCAGCAUCUUGUUUUUGUCUUUCCUAAUUAUUCUAAUAUUGUAUAUCUCCACCAUUGCUGGUGGUUUGCUAUGAUUAACCUCAUUCAUUUUAAUAUUUUGAGGUGGAAGAAAAAAGAAAUCAAUUUUGUGGGAA